CAGCGACAACAGCAGUUGUAGGCAGCUUAUAACAAAAACAUAUAUAUAUAUAUAUAUAUAUAUAACGGCUUUUAAGCCAAACUAUUACGUAGUACGAACAAUGGUUGCGGCUGUUGCCGACGUACUAACAGCAGCAGCAGCAACAACAGCAACAGCAACUACAACGCCGGCGUUAGCAGCAACAGCGACGUUAGCGAACGGCAAUCGCAGCGACGCUCAAUUUGCAGCAUUAACGGCCGCAAGUGCCAGCGGUUCACAAGCAGCGACCUCCAAUUCAAAUAGCAAGAAUAACAACUGCAACAACAACAACAACAACAACCACACCAACAACAGCAACGGCAAUCGCAACAGCAUCAGUAUUCAUAUUGAUAAGCAAGACGACAACAACAGCAGCAAGAGCACCAACAACACCAACAAUACCAACACUAACAACAACAACAUGUCCGAUGCAAACGUUGCCGAUGCCGCCAAAGCAACUGGCACAACAGCAACACCAACAACGCCCACAACAACAACAACAUUAACAGCUGCAGCAACAACAAAAAGUGCCGUUAGCCAACGCAAUGUGGACAUCAAAAUUGAAAAGUCUAGCAACAUGGAAACCGCCACACAGCAGCUAAGCAAAAAGGUGCUCAAACUCGAUUUGGGCGCCAAAAACUUGGAUGAAUAUUCGCUGAAAUCGCCAAAAUCACCGAUUGCAGCACGUUUGCCGCAUCAAACAUCAUUGACGUCAUCGGUGGACGUUGAGGAUCGCAAGACAUUACGAGAGGCCUUAUAUCAGGGUAUAUUUCAUCGACAUCGCCGCACCAUAUUCGCGGUGGGCAGCUUUCUGCGAAUGCUACGAAGCCGUAACUCUCAGUACAAUACCAUUCGAAGCUCGUCGGAGGGCGAGGAUAUCGAUGAGUGUAACGGCCAGAGACAACAACUAAACACAACAACAACAACAACAGCAACAACAACAACCACUUGAACAUCUUGAAUAACAACAACAACGACAAUCUGGAUUAUUAUUAUGGAAUCUGCUUUUUAGAUGGAACGUAGUGCCAGCCAGUCGCAGAUCUUGUCGUACUCCAUUUUCGUCAACAUUCAUCUUCUUUUUUUUUUUUUAAUAUUAUAAUAUAUAUAUAUAUAUAUAUGUGGUGAGGGUGGGGGCUGACUGAUCCAUGAUUGAUCCCUGCAGAGCAUCGCACGUUCUUUUUUUUUUUUUUUUUACCUAGUAAAUAUAUAUUCACAUUACAUUAGUGCAUAAAGCUAAAUAGUCUUUCAUUUCUUAUAAGCAUCGAUCUGUUAUUGCAUGCUUCUAUUCGUAUGUCCUGCAUUGUAUACAGAAGCCUGCGAACCCAAAUUGCUUUAAAUGGUAAAUUUCUAAAUUUCAAUCCAUUACAAAAUUUUGAAUAGAUCUUUUUAGUUUUAAGUAUAAAUGAAAAAAAAAAAAAAAACAAUUAAAAUUAAAACUUUAAAAGUAUUUUUUUAGUUGAACUUUUUUGCUUAUCUUAUUUAAAAUUAAAAAUGUAAAGCAGUCAAAAUUCAAGCACUAUUUACUUACCUUUUUUUUUUUUUUUUUUAUUAAUAAAAAAAAAGUAUUCAUAUAAGUCGAAAUAUCAGACUACAAAGGCAAAAAAAAGGUUCGCAUGUGCAGCUAUGCUUAAUUUAUGACACAAUUCAUCGUCAUUCCACGCCUCCUCAUGUUAGAAGUAAUUGUUAAACCAAAGUAAGGCCAGAUUGGAAAAGAGCAAAAAAAAAAUUAAUUAAUUAAUUUAAAAAAUAUAUCUGCCAAAAAAAAAAACAAAGCAACCAUAAGACUAGCCACAAAAUGUUGUGUUUAGCAUUUAGACAGGGGAAAAUUUUUUAUUGUGAAAUGCCAUAUUAGUUUGCACCUAAUUAUAAAAAAAAAAUAAAUAAAUAGAUAUAUAUAAGUAUAUAUAUAGUUAUAUAUACAUAGAGCAUGCGAGUGUUGUUUGAAGACUUGGCAGACGAUACUUGACUUAGUUCUGUAACUUAUCAGACUGCCCUCGCAUGUUGCAUUCAAGCAUUCCAAUUACUACAUCAAAUCAAAGAGCUUCAGAGUUCACAUCGAUCCCCAUUCCUCAUUCAACUCCUUUGCCUUUUUCAACCCUUUCUGCAAAUAAACGGAUCUGAAAGACGCCUUAUAUUCGAAAAUAUAAUAAUAAAAAUUAAUAAAAAUGAAAACACAAAACAAAACAAAAAAAACAAUUACAAAGAAAAUUAUAAAAGAAAUAAUAAUAGUUAAUUCUAGUAUUUAGAAUCUUUUUUUUAAGUAAGCUAAAAUGUGAAACUUGAGCUAAAUGAAGCGUUAAUAUCUAUGUACUAUAUGUAUGUAAUACUGUAAUACUGACGAAAUGCAAAAAAAAAAAAAGAAACAAAAGAAAAGAAAA